AUGGUCAAGAACUGUGUGGAAAAGAUUCCAGAUGAAAGAUUUGAAGAGUGGUUUCAUCCUGAUGAGAGCAAACCAGGAAAAACACAGACAACCAAAGCUGCUCUCAUUGAAGGGUUCAAUGAGUUUUUUGGCAUCAGUGAAGCUGAAGCUGAUCACAUGGACCCUCAGCAGAAACUGUUGCUGCAGUGUGCAUACCGUGCUCUAGAGGAUGCUGGGAUACACUUGGAAAAAGUGAGCGGGACCAGAACAGGGGUUUACAUAGGUCUUAUGAACAGGGGAUAUGAGACAAUUUUGAACAACUGUCCCAACACAAUAACCCACUAUAAUGGCACCGGAACAGCUAAGAGUGUAGCUGCCAACAGAAUUUAUUUUGCUUUCAACCUGAUUGGACAUUCAUUUCCCAUUGACAGUGCUUGUUCUUCAUCCCUUGUCGCCCUUCAUUCUGCAUGUCAGGGCAUCAGACAAGACCGGAUAUUGUUCUUGGACACUCUGUGGGAGAGGUUGCAGCAGCUCAUUGCUCUGGCCUGCUGUCUCUUGAGGAUGCAUGAAAAAGAGUGUGAACUUUUUUCUACAGUAACUGGAGAGACGUGUCGUCAAGGGGACUUUGUCACAGGUGAAUACUGGGCAAGAAACAUUCGAAAGCCUGUUGCAUUUAAACAAGCAAUUAAAUCUGUUUUCAACCACACAAGGAACACAGUUUUUGUGGAAAUUGGUCCAAGACGGGCUCUGCAGAAGAACAUCAUGGAGAUCUUGGGAAAUGACACCACAGUGCUUCCUUCAGUGCAUCCAGAUAAAGACCACGAGACAAUGUUCAGAGCUGUAUCAAAACUAUUUAAACUGGGGGUCAAUGUGAAGUGGGACGAGUUCUACAAAGGGUUUGAAAUGGAGCUUGUUGCUUUCCCAAGGUAUCAGUUUGAAUGUCAAAUCAAUGAGGUAUACUUUGAGGACGUAAGACGGUUAAUUGACACAGUCUCUCGUACUCCACAUCCACUGAUAAGUCCAAGUAAACGUGAUGGCAAAGUAAUCAAGUGCUACCUGUCCGCAGCUACAGCUUCCUACCUUUGGGAACACAAGAGCAAUGGCAUCUCCAUUGCCCCAGGGGCACUGUAUGUUGAGUUGGCUAUUGCAUCCAUAAUGGAAACUGCUAUUCCAAAAAGACCUCUGAACUCAUUUCAGCUCACAAUCAACUUUCAGAGUUUGCUUGUUCUAACUAAGAACUGCCCUCCUCUCAAAAUCACAACUGAGACAUCCACAGAUGCAACCACAUUUCAGGUUCAGUCCUCUAUUACUGUGCACGCAUCAGGCACCAUCAGCCAUGAAGGUGGUCCAGCUAUGGACCACAUUCAUUACAGACAAGAAUUCAAGGAAGCGGUGACCAGUCUCAUGACUCCAGAGGAAGUACUCAACCAUCUGUAUGAGUACUGCUUGCAUCCUGAGGUCCUAGAUUACUUCUUGCAAAUGUUCUCAGUUUUAACAUUAGUCUCUAGCACCAUCAGGCCUGGAUUUCCCUCUACCAUUGGGAGUAUGGUUAUAGCUGCACCUCCCUGUAAAGAGAUGUUCAUGUAUAUGAGAUUGACCAAAGAAAUGGCUGACUUCUUUGGGUUUUGUUGUUCUUUUACUGACAAAGAUGGUCACUCUCCUUGCAGUGAAGCUGACAUCGAACUGGAUACAAUCCUGUUUAUCUGGGGCAUUCAGAAUAUAAAUCACCUCCAGUCUGAUGUCAUUCUAGAGUCCUUGGUAGACAGCUUUGAUCUUUACCAUCAUGUUGUUUUGUCUUUUAAAAAACGCAGUCAUGCAUGUUCCAUCCAUGUCAUUACAUACAGGUCAGUGGAAGGGACAGUUGAAAGUAACAGCCCUGGAUUUGUGUUAUCUGGCAUGACAAGGGCAUGUGCUGCUGAGUUUUCAGGCAUCUCCUUCCAGCUCAUUGACCUUUCCACAGUGUCAAGAGAGGAUAUAGAAGCACUGGCCCAUGUGCCUAACUCACAUAAGACCCAAGAGUGCCCAGAAGUCUUCAUCAGCAAGAGGAAGGUUUACUCUGCUGUGAUGACUCAUACUCAUGUCACCACAAGUCGGGAAGUGAAGGCUGAAUCAAAAGUCCUACAGCCCCGGGACUUAACUUUGCAGACAACCAAUCCCUAGAGGAUGACCAGCUUAUCAGCUUUGCCUUCAGAAAGUAAGGUCCACACUAUUCAGGGGAAAAGCAUUGAGGUUCAGCUGAGUAAGGUAUGUGUGUACUCAUCUGAUUAUUUUCCAGUUAGUACUUCAGAACUAAAGUUUGGUCAGAUGAUGUACUGGAACAAGCACACAAACCAGAACCACAGUCUAUUGGCACUUGACUUCAGUGGGAUAAUUACAGCUGUGGGAAAGGAUGUCAACAAACUUAAAGUGGGUGACCAUUUUAUCUGUUGUUACCCUGUUGAAGCAACGUCCAAAGUUGUCCUCCCAGAAGUAGUGUGCUUCAAAAUAAAAAGGCUUCCAUUCCUAAAGAACACUCCCUGUGUUUCAUACAUCCUGAUCUGGAAGAUACUGCAGUGUGCAUUACCCAGGAACAAAAAACAGCAAAGGUUAGGCACCUUCUCUACAGUUCAUGAUUCAGCUUUGGUAAACUUAUUGACACUCAUAGCAAGCAAAUCAGGCUGGAGUGUUUUUACAGAAACCGAGAUAAAGAUUGUCAGUGAGGCCAAUGCAAAUCACAUCAUUGCAGUACGUGGCAUCCAUGAGCCAUGGUACUCAACAAUAGAUGUAAUGCAGAAGGACAUUGACAGAACCUACUUCCAGACUCUUGAGAGGUCCAAAAUCAUCCAGAAAUCGCGCCUUAAGGCAUAUGGUGUUCGGCUACAGAAGUGGCUGAAGGGAAUGCACUUGCACAAAGCAUGCCCAUCAAUACAAAGCAGUACUUUUCAGAUGGUGCUCCCUGAAGGAAUGCCUUCUCAGUCUGCAGUGCAUUCUGGAUCUUAUUUUAGUGCAAGAACUCUAAAUUUGAUAGCUCUGGCCAGUGACAAUUCAAAGAGCAAGGUGUCUGCUAUCCCUUUGCUUCCAAGAACAAAAUAGCUGUUCUCAUAGAGAAGUGUGUACAUAGUUACAGGUGGUCUGUCCAGUUUGGGAUUUGAAACCGUUAAGUUUAUUGCUCACAGGGAUGGAGGAUGCAUUGCCACUUUCUCAAGGAGUGCACCAUCUGAAAAGGUACAAGAGGACAUAAGCUGUCUCCAGAGGAGAUAUGGGAUAAGAAUUCUCACACUUCAGUUUGAUGUCUCAGUUUCAGAGCAGGUGAUGGAAACCAUUACUGUGAUUGGAAAACAUUUUUCCUCUUAUCCAGUCAGAGGGGUGUUUCACAGUGCUGCUGUUCUGCAUGAUGGAUUACUGGAAACUCUCGAUAGAUCUCUUUUCCAAAAAGUCCUGCAAUCUAAAGUCUGUGGUGCUCUUAAUCUUCACUUUGCCACUCUGCACCACCAAAUACUUGAUUACUUUGUGUGUUAUUCCUCAGUCUCCUCUUUCAUUGGAAACGCUGCACAAGCUAACUAUGCAGCAGCUAAUUCUUUUCUGGAUACUUUUUGUCACUUCCGACGCAAUAUUAGACUUGCCGGACAGUCAAUCAAUUGGGGACCUCUUAAAAUAGGCCUACUAAUGGACAAAAAACAUUUCCAAAAGUUUUUGGAAACAAAAGGGCUAAUGAUCAUGGAUUUGUCAGACAUUCACGAAGCACUGGAGAACUGCCUGUUAGAUAACUAUCCCCAGCAGGUGGUCUGCAAAUUAAAUUUCAGGAACCUAAAGAACCAUAUCCUCUCUCAAAAUGUGUCUCUCAAGUGCCUGUCUGCUUUAGUGGAGGAGGGACUAAAUAACAAGGUUGUUGAGGACUCUAGGAUAAAUGUUCAGUCAUCGGUAGAUGACUUUGUUAGACAGAUCCUGAAUGAAAUUUGUUGUGGGAAUACUGAUGAUCUUAGUGAUUAAACUGCAUUCACUGCAUUAGGAAUUGACUCGAUGUUGGCCAUGACUUUGCAAAAUCGCUUGUUUCAAGAGAUAGGUGUGAAUAUUCCUCUCGUUGCUUUGCUUGAUCCAUACAGUACACUGUCCUCAUUGACUGAAUUUCUAAAACAAAGCACUGAUGAGGAAUUUCUGUGA